AUGCAUACCAAUUACCUUGCGAUAGAUAUCAAGCAAGGCAAUGUUGACGAUUGGCCAAUCCUCCCCGGGGUCAAGCAGAUCAUCUGCUCCCGAGCGCCCACAGACACCGAGCCGUUGCUUCUAAAUAUCGGAGUCUACCACCGCGCAGCGCCCAAAGCGCAGACUCGACAACAAGAGCACGGCACACACACAACGCAGCACAUGCCCUCCCUUGAUCCUUCUCCUCCUCCUCCUUCUCCUCCCGGAAGCCUCUGGGCCUUCCUAUCAGUCUCAGUCCCAUACCUAGGCAGCUUGGUCUCCCCGCGUAGACCCUGA